AUGACUGACAAAAAGAGACAGCGCCGCAACGAACUCGACAACCUCCGAGAAGACCUCGGCCCUUACUACCAUCGACCCUCUCCUCGCUCCGACUCUGUCGACACGGUUAGCAACCACAACCGCACCAACAGCGGAGGCGGCGUCACGGGCAGCCCAGGCAGUGGCAUCAUGUCGCAGCGCAACCGAAGUGGACGCGGGUCCAACCGCAGCAAUGGCAACAAUUCUCACGGAGAGGAGGCCCAGAUAUGGGACUCGUGCAAGAGCCAGCUCGCCGAGAUAGUAUCCGGCAUCAAUGCGGAGAAUGACAACCUCUCGGAGCUGGUAGACAUGGACAAGAAAGUCGGCGCCACCGACCCGGAAAAGAUCCCCAACGAUUCACUGAAACAGAUGGAGCAGCUGUGUCGCAAUGGCGUCAAGUUCUCCGAGGCAAACGUCGCUAGUAUCAAGGCGGUCAUGGAGCAGCUUAAGAUUAUGCGCGCCGUUAUUGUCGCCAAGGAGCAGGCCGAGGGCGGUUCGUCCGCACCCACGGGGAAACGAAAUGCGCGAGACAGUGCAGCAGCAGCAGCCGCUUCGCUGUACGAUUUUGACGGAGCUGGAGACUCUCCGGUCCCCAGCCCUAUUGGUGGUUCUUCGCGAAAAUACGGCGACCGCUCCAGCAACCGAGAUAGAGACAGCAUGCCUCCCAAGGCCGACAGUGUAGAGCCUCAGGGCUCGUCGGGAACGGGCAAUGGUGGCGGAGCGUCAGGAUCGGCUGCUUCUGGUUCUGCUGCCGCCGCCGCCGCCGCCGCUAGCAACAAGUCCAAGGUAGUGUUUUCCAAGGGUGAUGCGGUGGCAUUCAAGCCCAGGACUGGCGGAGAAGGCGUGUCGGAUUGGAUAAUGGGUGAAGUGGCUCAGGUUCUAGGCGAAGGCAAGAGCCGGCGGUACAAGGUACUGGAUAUCGAGCCCGACGACCAAAGCAAACAAAAGGAGUACCGGACGAGCGCAAGCAGCAUGAUUCCAAUCACGCCCGAGAGCCAAGCGAGUACCCUCAAGGACUGGGAGUCUGGGCAGGUGGUUUUGGCCUUGUAUCCCAACACGACGACAUUUUACAAGGCCGAGGUUCACAGUAUGGACAGCCAAGGGCGCGUGGCUCUCAAGUUUGAGGGGGAAAACGACUCGACGACACUUCAACAGGUGGAGCGACGGUUUGUGAUUGAGUAUCGGGCGUGA